AUGCAACAGUUGGCAGCGAAAAAAAGGCUACGCUCUCCUCACUCGCUACAACAACGUCCGCAAUCACCAGGUAGACAUCGGAUUUUGGAUGUAUCUCCGCAUCGCAGACAACGCUCCCGCGAUGUUCGUAAACGUCAAGUCGAAGAAAAGAAGAAGCCAUAUGUCCGAACUGAUACUACUUCAAAGGAGUUGACGUUCCCGGCGAUUGCUACUCAGAAAUGUUUGUCACUGCUGGAAUUCACUGAAAAAAGAGGAUUGACGAUCACCGAUGAAGAGCUUCUCCUUGUUGUUCGUGACUGUCUCGAGUUGGAUAAAGCCAUGGAUAAUAUUAUCGACAAAAAAGACCUCAUGAUAAAACAGUUGGAAGAGAUGCGCGAUUUUGAAUACCUGAAGAUCAAGAAAAUUCAUGCCAACAUGCCGCGUCAUAUGCAAGAUGUUCUUAAAUUUGACGGAAAAACGGUUCAUAUUGCUCAAGAACGAGGCCCCAUGCCGUCGCAGCAAAUGCCGUUCUCUUCAUCUUCAUCGUUUAUGCCGUCAAAGUAUGGCCCACCGUUUCCACACCACAUGGGGAUGCCGCCACCUGGACAUGCUCCUCCAUUCCCGCCACCAUCAAUGGGUGUGCCACCGCCACCAUUGGGAAUGCCUCCACCGCCAAUGGGUCCAGGAGGGCCGCCACCGUUUGGAAUGCCACCUCCAAUCAGUCUUUUGGGACCCCCACCGUUCAAUCCUGGAAUGCAUCCACCACCAGGAAGAGAUCCACUAGUUCGCGGCAACUCGCCACCAGGUGGAAUCAAUCCAAUGGCUUUCUCAACUGCACCACCGGGACAUAAGAUGCCGGGAAUGGGAGAGUACAGUCAGCCACCACCACACACCAAGCCUGUUCCACAGCAAAACCCACAAAUGGGACGAAUGACCAACAAUCUGUCAAGCAUGCUCACAAAUGCUCUGAAGGCUCAAGUCAGCAAGGCUCAGAGUACAUACAACACCGGCAGUCCAACUUCUACUCCAACCAAGAAGCCAGUUCCAUCAUUGAUGAGCAUCAAUAUCCCUGGAAUUCCAAAGCCCGGACCUUCUGGCUCACAAAAGUAG